AUGAUUUUGGAAUUCGCCACUCUUAGUCGACUGACCGGGAAUCCCAUCUACGAGGAGAAGGCAGCACAAGCCAUGUCCUACAUAUGGAAGCAGCGGAACCGUUUCUCAGAUCUCGUUGGAACUGUAAUAAACAUUCACAAUGGAGAGUGGGUCCGCCGUGAAUCCGGUGUCGGCGCUGGUAUCGACUCGUACUACGAGUACUUGUGGAAAGCCUACGGCCUACUCGGCGAGCCCGUCUACCUGCAUCGUUUCCAGACUCACUACUCGGCCGUGGAACGUUACCUGGGUGGUUUCAACAGUCGCACCUUCCCCUUCUCCUUCCUCAGUGUCUACAUGCACAAACCGUCGGAGAGAUCCAGAAACUUCAUGGACGCUCUGCAAGCCUUCUGGCCCGGAUUACAGAUGAAUUCUGGUGACAUGAAGGCUGCGGUCGCGUUGCACGAGAUGCUUUACCAGGUGCACAGGCACCACAAACUACUGCCAGAGGCCUUCACACCUGAUAUGGACGUGCACUGGGCCUAUCACCUCUUGCGACCUGAACUGAUUGAGUCCACUUACUUACUCUACCAGGCCACUCGGGAUCCCUACUACCUUCGCGUGGGUGCAGACAUUCUGGAGAGCCUGAACCGGUGA